AUGCUGUACAUAGCAGCCUCAUUCUAUCAUAAAACCAAUUCAGGCCUGGAAAACAUCAUCAUCAUUCACGGACAACUGGGAAACCACAUGCAAGUACCAUCACCAAGACAAUCCAUGCACACACGACAGCACCAACCACAACAAAGAAACUGUCAGCACUCGCCCGGUGCAAACAGAUCCAAGCUGACCCAUCACUUGCUGCCGAGAUUUUGCUCCGUGAACGACUCAUUUUCCCAGUUGAAGUUUCCAGAUACAUCGGGUCGGCAUCCUUUGACUCAGGAAGAAGUAGUUCAGUCCAAUAUUGCCUUUGCAUGCGUUCCACGUCUCGAUGAAGCUGAAUGUGAACGAUCACUGUGCUAUAAUUUGUACUAUCGAACCAUGGAUGGUACUUGUAACAACUUAGCUCGGCCUUUGCGAGGAGCUGCCUUUCGUCCUUAUAACAGGUACCAUGCUUGUUCUUGCAGUACAGUUUACCAAAGUAUUCAGAUGCGGAGAAAUGCAGUUUCUUUUGCAAAUAAGCAGCUCACACAUUCAAGCACUUUCCUUUUCUUGCCUCCUCCUUUCAACACGCUUUCGGUACUUUCGUUAGCUAUAACUUUUGAGAUCCUUAACCGUUUUCAACCUAUUUGCAACAGAAAAAUAAAUACAACUCUUGCGAUCAGUAUUCCUACGGCGCUGGCGAAGAAAACGCGUGAUGUCUGA